AUGUGCAUUCGAGGAUUUGAUGCGUUUUCUGAAGCAACAACACCUGUUGAGUGCAGUGUGUACGCCGCGGUUGUCAAUGCAUGGGUGUUAUAUGGAACGAUUUUUGAGAAUCGCAUCAACAUGAUGGAGUAUUCGACCGCGAUAGUGCGUGUUUGUGACAAUGUUAUAGUGAAAGCAGUCAGUUCUGGUGCGCCAAGUGCAAUUAAUGCAAUCACAAGUCUUCUUCAAGACACACUCUAUUUCAUAUGUGACAACAUUACCACAUGUUACACUGAAUUUGUCAACCGCGCCACAUCACGGUGGGCAUCGUCACAUAUCAGUAACUUUGUGUCGAUUCUUUAUUUCACACUUCGCGCACUCCGUCUUGCAACAUCAAUGACAUUCUUAUCAAAUUCAUCAAUCAACAUCGUCACAACCGCACAACAAUUUCUCAUUCCCGUUGUUGAAUGGAUUUACUCACAAGACGUCGAUGCUGUCUAUGAUGUUAUUCAUGUUAUUUUUUGUUACCACAGACAACCAAGAAGCAAAAUUGGAAUGUACACAACUCGCUUCACUUCUUCAACAUUGGGUUGUCCACUCUUCAUCGAUACUAUAUAUAUAUAA